GUCACCAGGACAAGCUGGGCGUGGCGGAGACCAAGCUGCUCCAUACCCUUCACUGGAUGCUACUGGAGGCGGCCCAGGAGUGCAACCAGGAGCCCAGCCUGGGCCACGGAUGGUCGGGAGGCAGCAGCAGCUCAGCCUUCCUCCAGCCAAUGGGGAUUGGGAACCAGGGUUCCCCGCCAGCCAGAGGUGGCCAAGGUGGCCCAGGAUCAGGCACCGGUUCUGGGUCAGGAGCGCCACGCUGUAGCGGGUCCCUGGAGGAGGAUGAACACGCCCGCACCAAGCUCUUCCACAAGAGCAUGGCCACUGUGGAGCUGUUUGUCUUCCUCUUUGCUCCCCUCAUUCACCGCAUCAAGGAGUCUGAUCUGACUUUCCGAUUGGCCAGUGGUCUCAUCAUAUGGCAGCCAAUGUGGGAGCACCGGCAACCUGACGUCCCCGCCUUCUCUGCCCUCAUCAAGCCUGUGAGGAACAUUGUGACAGCCAAGAGGAACUCCCCGGUGAACAACCAGUGUAGCCCCUGUGGGUCCAGAAACCAAGGCCCCAUGGGUUUCCAGGUGGUCUGUGAAACGGCCCAAUCAGAUUCAUCCUCCCCCGGGGCUGGAGAGCAGAGCUGUCGCCGCGGCAACUCAGUGGAAAGAGGUGGGCCGUCAACGCGACAGGCUCCACUCGACAAAGGGAUCGCCAAGAAGAAGACCUCUGCCCCAGCGGGCAUCUCCGUCUCCCUGGCCCAGCGUGCCCGCUAUGCGACCUACUUUGACGUGGCAGUCCUGCGCUGCCUGCUGCAGCCCCACUGGACGGAGGAGGGGGUGCACUGGGCCCUCAUGUUCUACCUGCAGCGCCUGCGUCAGAUCCUGGAGGAGCGCCCGGAACGCCCGCCGGAGCCACUGGUCCCGCCCCUGCCCCGCCCUCGCAGCAGCUCCAUGGUGGCCACCGCCCCCUCUCUCGUCAACACCCAUAAGACUCAGGACAUGAGUCUGAAAUGCAAUGAGGAGGAAAAGUCCCUCAGCUCAGAGACCUUCUCUAAGGUGUCCCUGACCAACCUGCGCAGACAGGCUGUACCCGACCUUUCCUCUGACCUGGGGAUGAACCUCUUUAAAAAGUUCAAGAACCGGCGGGAGGACCGUGAGCGUAAGGGCUCCAUCCCGUUCCACCACACGGGCAAGAAGCGCCAGCGCCGCAUGGGGGUGCCCUUCCUGCUCCACGAGGACCACCUGGAUGUCCCCACCCGAUCCACCUUCUCCUUCGCCAGCUUCUCUGGCGACGACCGGCGGGCGCUGGAGCGCGGGGGCUGGCAGGCUACCAUCAUGGGUAAGUUGACGCGGCGAGGGAGCACAGACACGGCUGCAGACACAGACAACCUGAGUGCUAAACACUCACACUCCCAUCACUCCCUGCUCAGAGACAUGCCAGACCACUCCAACAGCCACGGAGACAACACCGUUCACGCCAAGGGGGAGGUGCGUUCACAGAUCUCCACCAUCACCAUGGCGACGUUCAACACCACAGUAGCGUCCUUCAACGUGGGCUAUGCCGACUUCUUCACCGAGCACAUGAAAAAGCUGUGUAACCCUGUACCCAUCCCAGAGAUGCCCCACGAGACGCUGGCGUGCGCCAACCUGCCCCGGAGCUUCACCGACUCGUGUAUCAACUACUCGUGCCUGGAGGAGGGAGACAACAUCGAGGGCACCAACAACUUCAUCCUGAAGAAUGGCAUGCUGGACCUUACGGCCAUCCUGCGGGCGGUCUACGCCGUGCUGACCCACGACAUCAGCUCACGGAUCUGUGACGUGUCGCUCAACAUCAUCGACUGCCUGCUGCAGCUGGGGGUAGUGCCGGGCAUGGGAAAGAAGCUCUCCAAGCCCGACGACAAGGAGAACGAUGAGACACGCCUCCCGAAGGAGGGGGCCAAUCAAAGCCUGAGCGGCGCCCAAGGGGGCGUGUCUGGAGGGUGCAGCGGGGCGGCACCAGGAGGAGGGGGUGGAGGAGGAGGAGGAGGGGGGGAUGGAGGAGGAGGAGGUGGGGGAAGUGGAGGAGGGAGCGGAGGAGGGAGUGGAGGAGGAAGCAAGGACGAUGUGAAGAACAAUAAGGAGAAAGACAGCAAGGAGGACGGCUCUUCACUGAGUACCCACAGGCUGGCUCUUACCAUGCUGAUCAAGAUGGUCAAGUCUCUGGGUUGUGCCUACGGCUGUGGGGAGGGCCACAGAGGUCUCUCAGGGGACCGGCUCCGCAUGCAGGCCCAGAACUGCCUGACCAACCUGUACAAGCUGGACAAGCUGCAGUUCCGUCAGACCAUGAGGGACUACGUCAACAAGGACUCGCUCAACAACAUCGUGGACUUCCUGCACGCACUCCUGGGCUUCUGCAUGGAGCCCAUCACCAACAAUAAGGCUGGGUUCGGGAACAACUUCACCACGGGGGACAACAAGUCACUGGCCCAGAACAUGGAGGCAGUGGUGGUGGGCUGCAUGUUCAAGUCUCUGAUCACUCGCUGUGCCUCCACCACACACGAGCUGCACAGUCCUGAGAACCUGGGUCUGUACUGUGACAUCCGCCAGCUGGUGCAGUUCAUCAAGGAGUCCCAUGGCAACGUGUUCCGCAGGGUGGCACUGAGCGCGCUCCUGGACUCGGCCGAGAAAGUGGCCACCACCAAGAAGCCAGAGGAGAAGGAGGAGCCUAUCACCAAACCAUCCAGGAGGUCAGAGGCAGGUGUGUCUGGGGAAAAGGGAGGGCAGCCGUCCACCGCUGCAGACGAGUGCCGCAGCUGCAUAUCCAGCCGCCCCCAGACACCAGAGCAUGAUGAACAGAUUCCGGGGGCUCUGCUGGGCAAGAAGGACUUCUGGAGGAAGAUGUUCAAGUCACAGAGUGCUGCCAGCGACACCAGCAGCCUAUCAGAGCAGGACACGUCGGAGUGCACCACCGCCCACUCGGGCACCACCACGGACCGACGCACCCGCUCACGCUCCCGACGCAUCUCCCUGCGCAAGAAGCUCAAGCUGCCCAUCGGUAACUGGCUUAAGCGGUCAUCUCUCUCUGGGCUGACCGACGGGGUGGAGGACUUGUUGGACAUCAGCUCUGUGGACCGACUCUCCUUCAUCCGCCAGAGCUCCAAGGUGAAGUUCACCAGCAACGUGAAGCUGUCAGAGGGCGGCGGGGGGAGCGGGGGCGUGGAGUACGGCCGGGACGAGGAGGAGAAUUUCUUCAAGCGGCUCGGGCCCCAGGGGUUCCAGGAGCGCCUGGCGGCCAGCCAGGAGGCCAUGAAGAACAAGAACGUGGUGAACCUGACGGCCAUCCGCCAGGGCAUGAAACGCUUCCAGUUCCUGUUGAACUGCUGCGAGCCAGGCACCAUCCCUGACGCAUCCAUCCUGGCCGCUGCACUCGACCUGGAAGCUCCCGUGGUUGCCAGAGCCUCCCUGUUCCUGGAGUGCGCCCGCUUCGUCCACCGUUGUAACCGUGGCAACUGGCCCGAAUGGAUGAAGGGUCACCACGUGAACAUCACCAAGCGGGGUCUGUCCGGGACGCCGCCCGUGGUAGGAAACAAGAGGAACCAGAAGCUCCAGUGGAAUGCAGCCAAGCACUUCUGUCAAUGGGGAGAUGCCAUUGGUACGCGUCUCAGUGAGCUGUGCCACUCAGACAGCGAGAGUCCUGCCAACAUCCUGGGUUUUAUCUACGACGAGGAGACCAAGCGAAGAUUGAGAAAGGAGGACGAGGAGGAGGACUACUUAGACGACAAUACAGUCAACCCAACAAAAUGCGGCUGUCCUUUCGCUCUCAAGAUGGCCGCCUGCCAGUUACUGCUGGAGAUCACCACGUUCCUCAGAGAGACAUUCCCCUGCCUCCCCCGGCCACGCACAGAGCCCCAAGUGGAUUUGGAGAGCUGUCGAUUGAGGCUGGACCCUGAGCUGAGUCACCACCGUUAUGAGAGGAAGAUCAGCUUUGCCGGUAUCCUAGACGACGAGGACGGCCACGACUCUUUGAACAGCAGCAGCCACACACUCAAGUCUGACACGGCUCGACGACAAGAAGGCCCAGGAGCCUCUGGCUCCCAUCAGGAAGAGUCGGACUGGGGGCUCUCGCCUGCUGCAGAUCAAGGGGGCCAGGAGUUUAAACCCAGGGGUGAAGAUGGGGGGCUCUCUGUCCUCCAGUCCGUAUGGGCCGGAAGGGAUCCUAAGAGCACCAAGAUGUCCCCAGCCAAGACUCAGAGUCAGGGAAGUAUGGGACUGCUGUCCCAGUGUAUAGCAGGGACACUGUCACUGAAGAAGUCCAUGGAGCACCAGGAACUGCAGAUCAAGCCGGCCAGGGUUCAGGGGAACCGGCGGGCUCUGUCAACUACCAUCCGCCAUGCCGGCAGCCUCCGCUCCUGUGCCCGCCUGGUGGUGCCAUCAAGCUGCUCUAAGACAGUGGACAGCCUGAGAAGACAGUGCAGGGAACAUCAGUGCCGGUCCAAGAAAAACAAGGAGUGGUCAGACAAGUCAAGUCUGAGGACCCCGUCCAUGAAGAGACGCCCCAAAGACUCCAACACCGAGGGCAAGAAGGACACGGGCAUGCUCAAGUACAUCCGCAACCAGGUGAUGAGCCUGUCCCCAGCUCCUCUGUCACUGCUGAUCAAGGCGGCGCCCAUCCUGACAGAGGACAUGUACGCAGACGUCCAGCCUGCAGCCUGGGAGCUCCUGCUGAGUGUGGACGAGCAUAUGGCUGCCGCUGCAGCUGCCAUGUUCUUGCUGUGUGCGGUGAAGGUGCCUGACUCGGUGACAGAGAUGAUGAUGGCUGAGUUCCAGCACGCUGAGGCGAGCCAGCGCAUCAACUCGGUGUUCAAGUUCUACACGCUGUGGCGCUUCCGCUACCAGGUGUGGCCGCAUGGAGGAGGGGUGCCCAGCAGAUCUUCAGAUCCCUCCGCCCAGCAUCAACUGCCCUGCCCUCACCUAUCCCCUGGCAUGCCCUGUGUGCCCAUGUUUGACCCGCCCCUGGGUACCUCCAACACUGGCAGCCAAGACCCAAUCAACGAGGACAACUCUCAGAAGAAGGAGGCGUCCAGCAUCUUGGCGCGAGGCCAGCAUCAUAACUCUCACAGGAACUACUCCCUUCCGCCGCGGCUCCGUGUGGUCAGUCCGCUCCAAGAGGCCGGGACGGGAGGUGCGAGGGACGGUGUGGCAGUGAGUGCAGUGGCCCAGCAGAUCCUGUGGAACUGUCUGAUCGAAGACCCCGCCCUGGUGCUCAGGCACUUCUUGGAGAAGCUCACCGUUAGCAAUCGACAGGACGAGCUGAUGUACAUGCUGAGGAAGCUGUUGAUGAACAUCGGUGACCUUCAGCAGACCUCUCAUCCUCUUCAACUACCUG